AUGAUUUCUAUCAUUGCACCGCCAGCAUAUGACGAUUUGGAAAGUGGGCCAAGUUGCUCAAAUAACGACAGCUCUGCUCAAUCCCAAAUCAAUCAAAACGAUCAGCAACCACCGGAUUAUCAAGAGAUUGCUGAGCUCUCCGUUGAUGAAUUACGAGUCGCUUAUGAAAGGAGCGAGUAUCAACUGGCGACAUUGCGGCGAAUUCACAAUGAGGAGAGGAGAAGAGUCGAGCAGGAUGUGGAAUUGGCUCGGCAACAAUACAUUAAUGCCGUCUCGAGUGGAACCGAUGACGAUCUUUCUUUAUCCGGAUCCACAAUCACAAUUAUUGAAGCAACACCACAUUCGCAGCGCUUAAGGAGGACUCAUCCGUCUCAUAGCGUUGUUUCCCAUCAACGAAAGAUGAACGAAUGGCAGAGAAAGGGAUGUUUU